AAAACAUUUUUGAAAAUAUGUUAACAUUUACAUAAAUAUUUAAUCAUUCCGAUGCAUUGCAUUUUUUUAACAAAUAAAAAAGAUAAAUUAUACAGAAAUGAUCUUGCAACGCUGCUGCAUGCAUAAUGGUCUCCUUCAUUAUUAUUUGUUCCUUUAAACGUCAAUGUCUAGGCUCGUGUCCAGAACGCACCACAUGAGAAGUUGUUUUUGCUUGUGUAGAGAUCGAACUAUCGGAGCAAACUCUGUAUUGCAAUGAGCACGAAUGUACCCGCUAAAAUCGACGAUGAAGGUGGCGAAACGUCCAAAACUACAAUAAUAGGACCGCUGAACUUUGUCAAAGACACAUCAACGGAACCGCCUACAUCCCUGGUGAACGAACGAACAGUGCCCUGCAUGUUUUGUAGCAACGUCUACGACUUCCACAGUUCCCAUAAUGGUUCGGAUCAAUAUCUAGCGCAUCUGUAUCUGAUCCACCGGCUGGUGGUGGCCGAUGUGAAGGAGAUAGCCUGUUUACCCAGCUACUGUUACUACUGGAAGGAAAAAUUCAGCAAUGAACCAGUUGAGAAGUAUUGUUCCUCAAUGUUACUGAACCAACUGCCCGAUGGAACCACUUCCCAGAACGAGAAAUAUUUUCUACUCAGCGACGUCGAACCCUUGGAUUACGAACUACGGCAAAAGUUGCGACGGGAAAAGUUGGAUCUCGUACUAACACGUCACCAAUUCGAACGAACGGAUCGAACUUUUCAUCGAGGCUGCUUAUAUUGUCGCGAUUAUCGAUCAGAAACACGUCCAGAAUAUAUCAGCCAUCUUUACACGAAGCACUUUUUGCUGCUGGGCAAACCGGAACAUUUGGUGUUUGUGGAUGAUCUAAUAGAUAUCGUGCAGGAAAAGCUGAACCAGCUGCUUUGUUUGUUCUGUGAAAAGUUAUUUAAGGAUCGACCAACACUGAAGGAACACAUGCGCAAGAAAGGACACAAGCGCAUCAAUCCUGACAAUCAUUACUAUGAUCGUUUUUUUCUCGUCAACUACCGAUUGAAGCAAAAGCCCGAGUAUGUUCCAAUUGCUAAGCGAAAGGAGGAAAGUCGCGUAUUUGCCUCGGAUUCUGAUUCCGAUUCUGAUUGGUCUGAUUGGAACGGUGAAGAACAGACGACGACCUGUCUGUUCUGCACGCAUGCCGAAACCAGCAUCGAUCGUCUUAAGCAGCAUAUGGUGGAAAAGCAUAGGUUCAAUUUCGACCAGACGGUGGUUAACAUGAGCUUCUACCAGCGUGUGAAAGUGGUGAACUUCAUCCGACGACAAAUGCACAUUCACAAGUGUAUAGCGUGUGGAGAACAGUUUCCCGAUUAUGUUAGUUUGUGCAAACAUCUAGAAGAAGUCGACCACUUUGUGCUUGAUAAGACAACUUCUGCCUGGGAUCAACCGGAGUACUUUUUUCCCACGUACGAGGAUGAUCAGUUCCUGUGCCAUCUAGAGGAGGUAGAGAAUGAAAAGGAUGAUACAUCGCAGGAGGAAGGAUCGGUUGUUAUAUCGGAGAGCGUUAACGCGACCAUUAACCUUGAUGCUGAAUCUUUAUCGCUAGAAAGCUUCAAAUUGUAACGUUUUCGAGCAAAGAAAACCAACUUUAUUCAUGCUUGUUUUGUGAUAUAAUAAAAUACCCCAGUUGAUUA